GAGGCCGGAGCGCCUCCAACCCCGCCGGCCCGCGCCUCCGCAUGUGCCUCCCUUUAGCCGCCGCCGCCGCUUCGCGUCUUGCCUCCACCGCCGCUCCGCAUUUUGCCUCCGCCGCCGCUCCGCAUCUCGCCUUCGCCCUCACGGGUAGCUGCUCGCCGGCGUCCGCCGCCUCUCCGCGGCGCCGGCAUCGCCCCUCCUCGCUCCGCGGAGCCCGCGUCGCCCCUCCUCGCUCUGCGGCGCCCGCGUCGCCACCUCGCGAGCUCGCCCUCGCCCGCGCCGUCCCAAGUGCGACGAACCCGUCCGCCCGAUUUGAGGGGUCCCACCCACACAUGCUGAUUAGUCAAGGUCAGUGAGGGAACACGACGAGCCACCAAACAAAGCCCAACCAACCCUCCUCCAUUCCUGAUUUUCCAAGUCUCCGGUCUCGAUCCUUCGAGAAACCCGCUGACGCUGACGCUGACGCCGCCGCCCCCCGCCGGCCGCACCCGUCCAUAUACGGCCAAGGCAAAAACCGCGGCCAAUCUCAUCUCUCCCACUACAUAUCAUCGCCCUCGUCACGUCGCUCAGAUCUCCGGCCUGCGUGGGCGCACGAGGACUGUUUUUAUCAAAUGGCUGGGGAAAUGCUUUCUUGGUGAUGUCUGGGCAUGAUUUGGGUGUUGUUUAUAAUGCACUUGGCUUCUCAUGGCACUCAUGCAGAAGAAACAAUGCAGUUUGUACCCCAUUGUGAUCACACAGAAGUGUCAGAUUCACAGCCAAUAAGUUCACAACUAAACACUGUAGAGAGAUCCACAGAAUGUCUAGCCUCAUGUGAAAUCAAGCCAGUUAGUGUUGACGGUGACAAUGAAAAUAUUGAUGCCAAUGAAGAAACUCACCUUGUUAUUCAAGAUGUUCCUCAAUGCCGGAUUUGCCUUGAUAACGAAGGUGAUGACUUGAUUGCGCCCUGCCGUUGCAAGGGAACACAGAAGUAUGUCCAUAGGUCCUGUCUUGAUAACUGGAGAUCAACAAAGGAAGGUUUUGCAUUUUCACAUUGCACAGAGUGUCGAGCUGCAUUCUUGCUUCGUGCAAAUGUUCCUCCAGAUAGAUGGUGGUUAAGGUUGAAGUUUCAACUUCUGGUUGUUAGGGAUCACACCCUGAUCUUCUUUAUUGUGCAGCUGGUAGUUGCUUUCUUGGGUAUGGUGGUAUACAGAUUUUAUGGAGAUGAACUGCGAGAAAUGUUUGGUUAUGAAGAGCACCCAUAUGCUUUCUACGCCAUGGCAAUAUUGGCUAUUGUUUUGGUUGGUUUGCUGUAUGGGUUCUUCAUUGCUAUAAUAUGUGGGCAGAGGAUAACAGAGCGUCAUUACCAUGUUCUUGCAAAGCAAGAGCUAACCAAGGAGUAUAUUGUAGAGGAUCUUGAAGGAGCUGAUCAAUUGCCAGACCUUGAUCCUAGCCAUGUUACAGAGCUGAAGGUAUUGGGACUCUAUUGAAUAUAGCUGCAUAUAACCUCAGGUAAACAUCGAUGGUGAAUCAGGGAAAAAGCAUACCAGAACCAAAUCCUAGGUUGAUGUUGCAAGAAAUACAUAUUUCAUUACCCACUUCACUGGAGACAUGAAAAAUGGGCCUUUGUGUGGCCCAUAAACUCUCAAAAAGCAAAAGUCUUGCUUGUUUGAAGCAGUUUGAAGAUUCUUUGUUCUCAUUGUAGGCUUGAUUGAUAGCUCUGAACCAAGAUAAUAGCAUUAAUUAUCACACAUCUCAACAUAUGAGAAAGAUUAUGAUAGAAGUGCUAGGAUGCCGGUCUGAAUGGACAUUUUUGUAAAGUAGUAGCAUAUUUCUAUUAUUUCUUUAUUCAGUUUCACAAUAAAUACAUAACAGCUAAGAUGCAAAUGCGCUGUUCGUUGUA